GACUUCCAUCAUGCCUCGCGCCUCCUAUGUCACCGCCGCGUCCGUUUUGACUCACUUCCGGCUGGUGAAGCAAUUCCGCUUUGCUGCGCGCGCAGUGGACUGUCUGAAACUUAGAGCGCGGCUUUCACUGGGGUUUCGCGGCCCCGGAGCUCGGCAUGGCUUCUUCACGCGCCUCCUCCACGGCAACCAAAACUAAAGCACCUGAUGACUUAGUCGCUCCCGUUGUGAAGAAACCACACAUCUAUUAUGGAAGUUUGGAAGAGAAGGAAAGGGAACGCCUCGCCAAGGGAGAGUCUGGGAUUUUGGGAAAAGAAGGACUUAAAGCAGGCAUUGAAGCAGGAAAUAUUAAUAUAACUUCUGGAGAAGUAUUUGAAAUUGAAGAGCACAUCAGUGAGCGACAGGCAGAAGUGUUGGCUGAAUUUGAGAGAAGGAAGCGAGCUCGACAAAUCAACGUUUCCACAGAUGACUCAGAGGUCAAGGCUUGCCUCAGAGCCUUGGGGGAACCCAUCACACUUUUUGGAGAGGGCCCUGCAGAAAGAAGAGAAAGGUUAAGAAAUAUUCUCUCAGUGGUCGGUACUGAUGCCUUAAAAAAGACAAAAAAAGAUGAUGAAAAGUCUAAGAAGUCCAAAGAAGAGUAUCAGCAAACCUGGUACCAUGAAGGACCAAACAGCCUGAAGGUGGCUAGACUGUGGAUCGCUAAUUAUUCACUGCCUAGGGCAAUGAAACGCUUGGAAGAAGCCCGUCUCCAUAAAGAGAUUCCUGAGACAACUAGAACAUCCCAGAUGCAAGAGCUGCACAAAUCCCUCCGGUCUUUGAAUAAUUUCUGCAGCCAAAUUGGGGAUGAUCGGCCUAUUUCCUACUGUCACUUUAGUCCCAAUUCCAAAAUGCUGGCCACAGCUUGUUGGAGUGGGCUUUGCAAGCUCUGGUCUGUUCCUGAUUGUAACCUCCUUCACACCCUUCGAGGCCAUAAUACAAAUGUAGGAGCAGUUGUAUUUCAUCCCAAGUCCACUGUCUCAUUGGACCAAAAAGAUGUCAACCUGGCUUCUUGUGCUGCUGAUGGUUCUGUGAAGCUUUGGAGUCUUGACAGUGAUGAACCAGUGGCAGAUAUUGAAGGCCAUACAGUGCGAGUGGCCCGAGUAAUGUGGCAUCCAUCGGGACGUUUCCUGGGCACCACCUGCUAUGAUCGUUCGUGGCGCUUAUGGGAUUUGGAGGCUCAAGAGGAGAUCCUGCACCAGGAAGGCCAUAGCAUGGGUGUAUAUGACAUUGCCUUCCAUCAAGAUGGCUCUUUGGCUGGCACUGGGGGACUGGAUGCUUUUGGUCGAGUUUGGGACCUGCGCACAGGACGUUGCAUCAUGUUCCUAGAAGGCCACCUCAAGGAAAUCUAUGGAAUAAGUUUCUCCCCCAAUGGCUACCACAUUGCAACUGGAAGUGGUGACAACACCUGCAAAGUCUGGGACCUUCGACAGCGGCGCUGCAUCUAUACCAUCCCUGCCCAUCAGAACUUAGUGACUGGGGUCAAGUUUGAGCCUAUCCAUGGGAACUUCUUGCUCACAGGCGCCUAUGAUAACACAGCCAAGAUCUGGACCCACCCAGGCUGGUCCCCACUGAAGACUCUGGCAGGCCAUGAAGGCAAAGUGAUGGGCCUGGACAUUUCUUCUGAUGGGCAGCUCAUAGCCACUUGCUCAUAUGAUAGGACCUUCAAGCUCUGGGUGGCUGAGUAGGCAAGGCCUUUGGAGAAGGACUCACAUCAAGCUGCCCCUUAGAAGCCAUUUCCCUCAAAAGAAAAGAAUUGAUGUAUUUUAUUUUGUUCUGUCAUGUGUCCUGCCAAUUACCAAGUAUAGAUGCUCAAUAGAAUUGGUUUUCAUGUCAGCUCCCAGGCAGGCAGCCCAGUCCCUACAUGGUGGCAAAUCCAUUUCAUGGUUGAAAAUUUAAUUCUCAUCCUCAGGCCUUGCCACGAACUAGGUAGACAUUGUUUUUUUAUUAAUCUUUGUUUAAAUGUUCUACCAUCUUCCUCAUAGCACUCAAAAUUGUGACUAUUUUGCAUUUCUAGUUCUCAAAAACAUGCCUUUUCAUAACAUGGUUGCAUGUUUCAUGACUCCAUGUGAUCCAUCCAGCAAGAAGGUGGCUGGACUGUAUUCCAGAAGCCCUGGUAUAACAAGGAGCAUCUCACCACUCUGGUUGAACAAUGCCUGACCUACAGCAAGCCUCUUUCCCCUCCUUGCAAAUGAGAGGUGAAGCAGUAGACUGCAGCUAAGCUGGUGAUCAUGCAGGAAAGAAGAUUGGAUACUUCCUGUGGAAUUCACUUGGAAUGCUAACUGCAUCAGGAAACUCAGAACCAAACAUUGCCUUGGUCAGAAAAUGCCUUCCUAUUUUGCUUUAAGUUUGUCAUCCUUCCUGUUACCCUAAAACACGGCCAUUGUGUCAAGAUUCAAAGAAAUUUUUGGAAUUGUACAGCUCUAUUGUACAGCUUCUUUUCUGUUGGUUAAAGGAUGGACUUCAUGUAUUAAAGUCUAUUUCAUGUCCAAGUACCUGGAAAAAAUCCCUAGUGGGCAUUCCUAAACAUGAACCUUUUUUUCCUACAUAUUUGCUAAGAGUGAAAUCUUACCAUAAAAAAACUGUUCCUUAAAAAAUUAUUCUCUAGGGCCGGGAAUUUAGCUCAGUGGUUCUGCCACCUGCCCCACAAGCAUAAGGACCCGACCUUGAUCCCCCAUACCAAAAAAAAAUUAUUUUCCAGGGGCCUGGGGAUAUAGCUCAGUAGUAGGGUAUAUGAAGCCCUAGAUUUCAAUGCCCAGCACCCAAAAAAUUCUGAAGUUAAUAAUUUCCUGAAUUCUAGCCAUUAAUCCAAGGAGGUCUUUUUCUUAAAAUCUAGAAUGACUUCAGAUGUGGAUUACUCCAGUUUCUGUCUCCUGGAUAAGUACUCUUGUUCUUAUCCUUUAAAAUAGAGUGUAAGAGCUGUUGGACUCAUAGGCCAGGCUAUAGCUGUAUGUGGACUCCGUAAUUAUUUAUCAGUUGUGUAGUGAUUACCUCUACCUCUUUCCACCCCACAUACACAUCCUCUGGACUCUGAAAUGAUAGUAAAUUUACACACAAGUAGAGGAAUUUGGAAGAAGAAAGUACAUAUAGAGAAGAAUUAAGGGCUUUAUAAUAGCUUCCCCUUGAAUAUUCAAAACCCUUUUCAUUUGCUGUUCCAAAGGGAUUGAGGAUAGUCUAGCCUCUAUUCUGAAAUUAUGAAUGUGUGAUUGUAGCUAAACAUACUGUUUUUAAUCUGAUUUCAAUUAUAACCAAAUAGUUGCAUUUCCUGUAUAGUUGUUAAGCCUUGGAAUUCUGACGUCUACUCCCCUGUUGGAUACUUUGAGUUCUAUUUCUAAUAUGGUUUGCCAUAAAAAGAAACUUUUUUUUCAUUACCAUUUUUGUAGUUAUCUGUAAAAUAAUGAUGGACAUUGGUGUAUUAGCAUGUAACAGAUACAGUAUGCUAACAAAGAUUUUCCAUUUCUCAGGUUUAAAUUUUACUGUUAGUUCCCUUAGACCUGUCUUGUUUUUUGGUGGUUCCCAAAGGGUAACGUGGGCUAAAACAUCUCGUCUAACCCUUUGGCAGAAUGUUUGGUGGAAUAACCAUUUCUUCAAACAUCAUUGUAAAAGAUGGUUUGCUGAGAAACCCAAAGCCAGAUGUAGCAUUUCAUGAUGACUGUCACAAAGAAAUUAUGACAUCAUAGCCACCGCUUAACAGAAUCCUUCCUUCCUGCAUAAUGUACCAGGCGUAUUUGACAUAUUGUUUGACCCUCACAAUCAUGAAUUUAUUCCCUUUUUAUAAGGAAAACUGAUGCUUAAAGAAGUAGCUUGUUCAAGAUUACCUACUUAGUAAAUGGUGAAACUGAA